AUGGACAAAAGCUCCUCACCAGCUGCACCGGGGGCUUUCCCCAUACCCCUGCUAAGGACGAUCUGCCUAAUUGUCAGGCUCAUAUACCUCCAGAUCCUCUACUUAAUCUCAAGCCUCGCACGACCAUUCAGGAACACUCGUCGCCAAUUUGCAUCCUUCAAUCAAGCCAUUGUCCGCACAGAAACAAGCAUCACGGCCGCCAUCCUCGGCGCCCAGGCCUCAACCUACAACUCCAUCACGGCAACAGGGCGCCAAUGGCGCGUAACAUCAGGCAAUGGCAUCAUAAGCCAAGAGCAUAACUUCCGCUCCAUGAGGACCAUAAUUCAAAGCCCCACCAGCUUACGACCUCUCUCCCCAUGGCCGCGACAAAUCGAAUGCUCAGAUUCCUCCGGGGAGCAAGAAUCCCCAACGCUCCAAACAGAUGGGAGCACAGCACAGCCCGGCACAAAUACAGGCACAGGUACAGGCACAGGACACCCGCAAGAAAGCUCCUCCGUCUACGAUACCAUCUGUAAAAUCCGCUCCGCCACACAAGAGAGCAUCUCUACAAUCGCCAACUCCGCGAAAGAGAUCAUGCGACAGUCACCAAUAACGGCGCGCAAUCUGGACGGCACGCCAUUUGACGAGGAGCGACCUGAUAUAUCGCAGCACACGUUAAAGCUGACAGUCAUCCGGCCACCGGUGUCUACUCCAGAGCCACGCGUCGUCGGGAAUGAGUCUGCCCGGAUUUCUGCACCUGCGCGCAUGGUUGAUCACUUCAGUGAUCCGGGUCCGGAUAUUGCAGUUAAUGGGACACAGCCUGUUCUGUUUGGUGCGAGUAUUGAGUCGACUGUUAAGGCGGAGACUUUGGAGAUGAAUCACUCGCGGGAAUGUCACUCUAUUGAGAGUUAUCCUGGGAAGUUCCCUGUGAGUGAUUCGCUGGAUUUCAGCUCGCUUGCGACUGCGUAUGCUGUUAGGGGGCGAGGGACUACUUCUGUUCGGCCUUUCUCGGACUACUGA